AUGGCAGCAUCGGAGAAGAAAUGCCCCUUGGUCACAGGGCUGGAGGGUAUUGGACCCCUGGUGCGUUCUGUUGAGGAGACCCCUGAGCCCAUCACCACGGUGAACAAGGGGAACAUCCCAUCCUGGAUCCUGCGGAAUGGGCCUGGAAAGUUUGAGUUUGGCAAAGACAUGUAUAAAAUAAAAUGAAUGAAUUUCCUAGACAGAAACCACUUACACUCAAGACAUACAGUGCACAGUACACACACACAAAAAGAACAUGGCACACAGGCACAUGCACAGACACUCAGCCUUACGCCCAUAGACAUACUUGUAUGUGGAGCACACAUACCAAAUACAAACCCAUUUGUCUUUGUCUCUUUCCUCAGCUACAACCACUGGUUUGAUGGCAUGGCCUUGAUGCACAGCUUCCACAUCCUUGAUGGUGAGGUGACCUACACCAGCCGCUUCCUGCGCAGCGACUCCUAUAUGCGUAAUUUUGAGAAAGUUGCAUUGUGGUGUGUGAGUUUGGAACCAUGGCUAUGCCUGACCACUGUAAGAACAUCUUUGCUUGAUUAUUUUCCCAAUUCAAGAUUCCCAUUAAGUGUCUUGAGAGUUGUGUACCUCUGUGUGCAGUAGGGGAGAGUGGGGUAAGCUGAGGUCCCCUUGUUUCUAGGAAACAAUAAACAAAAUUAAUCAUUUUUACCAAAUAUUUAGGAAGAGGUCAUCAUUUCGUGGAGUCUGUGAAGGAAGAAACCACAUGGAAAAAGUGGUAAGUAAAUUAGGUCCAAAUAACUGAUUUUCACCAAGUCAAAUGCAUUUAUUGUGUUAGAGGUUUCAUGAUGCUUGUAUUUAAACCAAAGUAGAUCAUUGUAAGAUUGUUCUAUACAUCAGUUGGGAUCUCUAUAAGCUUCAACAUGAGGUUUUAAACCUAGCAUGAAAGUUCAUCCUUGUAGCUGUGUGGGUUAAUAUAGUCCAAAUGUUUGCCUUGGGGUAAGUUGAGCCAAUGGUUGAGCCAAUGGCAAGUUGAGCAAAUUGAAGUGUUUUCUUCCCAGGCGUAAUGCAAGGCAUUAUUGCUGGGAUAUGAGCUAACAACAGGGCCUAAAAGUGUUUUGAAAAAGUGCAAAGUGUUUGUUAGGUGUUAAGCAUGUGUGAAAAGAUAAAAACAUACACAUGAUUUAAAAAAAAGUGUGAUUGUGUUGAAUUGUGUUUGGAAAAUAAAGAUAGACAUGGUUUUUAAAAGGUUAUGGUAAUAUUUCAUUCAGCACAGAAAUGUGUAGGCAGCUUAAUUUACCCUGUCCCACAGCUCAAGUUGUGCCAAGAGACCACUUUUUUUGGACAAGCUAUGUUUUCAAAACUGUAAUGUUUAAAUUAAUUCUGAUUAUUUCCAGGGAUAGACAACAUCCUGAGAUAUAUGUAGAUAUGUUUGUUAGAAAUAAUACUAUAUUUCCCUUGAUGGAGUGAUGCUGAAUGUAAAAAAAAUUGCUCUACUCACCCCACUCUCCCCAAUGUUCCCCAUUGUUCUGGUUGUGGCUUGCGGCCUUGGUGAGUGCUGUUGACUCUAUGUAUUGUCUUGCUCACAGACACUGCUGAGAUGACAGAUAUGAUGGUGGGAAGAUGAUAUAAUGGUCAAAGGAAAGGUAUGUAGGUAUGCUUAGAGAUCAAAAGAGUAGAUUUUUGUGUGGGCUACCUGAAGAGUUAAAGACCCAAUGCAGCCGUUUUUAAAUUAAUAUAAAUUAAGCACCUUACUGUAAUAUAUUACCAUUAAAAUGGGAAAAAAUAGCUUUUUAACAAAAAAUGUAAAAUUCUCAAGCAAUAAUUUUGCUAGGACUGUCUGGGAGUGGUCUGGGUGGGGAGGGGAAAACUGAAAACUAGCUGUUAUUGGCAGAGAGGUUUGGAUCUCUCUUUGUUAUUGGUCUAUCAAACAAUUUAUCACUUGGUGAUGUCACCAUGGAAAGCCGAAACUCCCGCCCAUGCAAACCUGCAGUUUAGAAGGUCCUGUGUAGAUUGUAUUUUCAACCAUUAACUAUCAGGAAAUAACACUAAUCAAAUGUUUUCACACUUUUACAGUAUUAGUUUCAUCAGCUGUUGUACAAUAUGAUAUACUGUAAAACACAAGAAAUACAGAAUGUUGACUGCACUGGGCCUUUAAGCCCCAUUUAUACCUGGUUCUAUCAUGCUUCCUUUGUCCUGAGAGAGAGAGAGAGAUUGAGACACUUUUUACUUUUAAAAGCUUUGUGUGUAGUUUGUGUAGUCAAACAGAAGAGCAUAAAACAUUUAUCUCCAGAGGUAUUGUGCUGCACUAAAGCAUAACCGAUUGUAAACCAGCACAGAUAGAUCAGGUUCAACAAAAUAAAUAGCACCUUUGUAACACCACAAAGAUUGUCCGUGGCCCUAUAGAAAGCAAAGUUCACAGAUAAAUGACUGUGAUUUGAUGACUGUGAUUUGUAGCUUAGCCUUAACAUGUGAAUAUUGUGACCUCUACUUAUCAAAAAAACAUUGACAAAUAUCAGAGGGUGUUGCUAGUGUAAGAUGGUGGAAAGCUUCAACAUUUUGUGAAAGUUUAGUUCAUAUGUGAAUAUCACUAAGAAAGAUAAAACGCUUAACAGAUACAGUGGGGGAAAAAAGUAUUUAGUCAGCCACCAAUUGUGCAAGUUCUCCCACUUAAAAAGAUGAGAGAGGCCUGUAAUUUUCAUCAUAGGUACACGUCAACUAUGACAGAAAAAUUGAGAUUUUUUUUCUCCAGAAAAUCACACUGUAGGAUUUUUUAUGAAUUUAUUUGCAAAUUAUGGUGGAAAAUAAGUCUUUGGUCACCUACAAACAAGCAAGAUUUCUGGCUCUCACAGACCUGUAACUUCUUCUUUAAGAGGCUCCUCUGUCCUCCACUCGUUACCUGUAUUAAUGGCACCUGUUUGAACUUGUUAUCAGUAUAAAAGACACCUGUCCACAACCUCAAACAGUCACACUCCAAACUCCACUAUGGCCAAGACCAAAGAGCUGUCAAAGGACACCAGAAACAAAAUUGUAGACCUGCACCAGGCUGGGAAGACUGAAUCUGCAAUAGGUAAGCAGCUUGGUUUGAAGAAAUCAACUGUGGGAGCAAUUAUUAGGAAAUGGAAGACAUACAAGACCACUGAUAAUCUCCCUCGAUCUGGGGCUCCACGCAAGAUCUCACCCCGUGGGGUCAAAAUGAUCACAAGAACGGUGAGCAAAAAUCCCAGAACCACACGGGGGGACCUAGUGAAUGACCUGCAGAGAGCUGGGACCAAAGUAACAAAGCCUACCAUCAGUAACACACUACGCCGCCAGGGACUCAAAUCCUGCAGUGCCAGACGUGUCCCCCUGCUUAAGCCAGUACAUGUCCAGGCCCGUCUGAAGUUUGCUAGAGUGCAUUUGGAUGAUCAAGAAGAGGAUUGGGAGAAUGUCAUAUGGUCUGAUGAAACCAAAAUAGAACUUUUUGGUAAAAACUAAACUCGUCGUGUUUGGAGGACAAAGAAUGCUGAGUUGCAUCCAAAGAACACCAUACCUACUGUGAAGCAUGGGGGUGGAAACAUCAUGCUUUGGGGCUGUUUUUCUGCAAAGGGACCAGGACGACUGAUCCGUGUAAAGGAAAGAAUGAAUGGGGCCAUGUAUCGUGAGAUUUUGGGUGAAAACCUCCUUCCAUCAGCAAGGGCAUUGAAGAUGAAACGUGGCUGGGUCUUUCAGCAUGACAAUGAUCCCAAAGGCAACGAAGGAGUGGCUUCGUAAAAAGCAUUUCAAGGUCCUGGAGUGGCCUAGCCAGUCUCCAGAUCUCAACCACAUAGAAAAUCUUUGGAGGGAGUUGAAAGUCUGUGUUGCCCAGCGACAGCCCCAAAACAUCACUGCUCUAGAGGAGAUCUGCAUGGAGGAAUGGGCCAAAAUACCAGCAACAGUGUGUGAAAACCUUGUGAAGACUUACAGAAAACGUUUGACCUGUGUCAUUGCCAACAAAGGGUAUAUAACAAAGUAUUAAGAAACUUUUGUUAUUGACCAAAUACUUAUUUUCCACCAUAAUUUGCAAAUAAAUUCAUAAAAGAUCCUACAAUGUGAUUUUCUGGAUUUUUUUUCCUCAUUUUGUCUGUCAUAGUUGACGUGUACCUAUGAUGAAAAUUACAGACCUCUCUCAUCUUUUUAAGUUGGAGAACUUGCACAAUUGGUGGCUGACUAAAUACUUUUUUCCCCCACUGUAACACUGAUUGGCACAAUGUAAUGAAAAUGCUCCUGUUCUGACAACUGGAUUUGUUAACAGAGGCCACAAACAACGCCAGUGAGAACAUUAUGAAGUACAAGUGAGACUAUUACGUCAGCACAGAGACCUACUCGAUCCACAGAGCCUAGAGACCAAGGAGAAGGUACAGCUAUUGUCUAUGACCACUAUCAGGUGAACAUAUUUUACAGAAAAUCAGGGGGGAUCUUACAGUGAUACACUGCCCAACAAAAUGCUUAUUAGCAGGUUCCUUCUCGACAGUGAAACAACAAUAAGAAAUAAUAAAAUAUUAGAAUACGAACAUAAAGUAAUCGCUCAGUAGAAUAGAAUAAACAUUUUUAGCAUACAGUGCAUUCGGAAAGUAUUCAGACUCCUUCCUUUUUUCCACAUUUUGUUACGUUACAGCCUUGUUCUAAAAUGGAUUCAAUAAAAAUAAAAGCCUCAUCAAUGUACACACAAUACCCCAUAAUGACAAAGCGAAAACAGGUUUAAGAAAUGUGAUGAUGCUGCAGAGCUCCAGCUAGCUCUGCGUGAAAAGCCCACCCCCGUGUUUAUGGUAGGCCGGCAUUGUUUAAUUGAUUACAUGGGUGGGUUGAAUUUGUGCCAUAUCGCAAUGUGUUGCAGAACUCAUGAGCUGCAUGAUUUUCCAUGUUUGAAGCAUUCCUAUAGGCCCAUUUAUUUGUCAAGACAGCUGUGCAUAGCUGCAUUUCACUGUAAUAGCCUGUAGGCUAUGUUUUGGUUAUUUGCAUUCACCUUUUGUUUACAGUGUUUGUUUACUGUUAAUGUAACUAGCCUAAAUAUAGAUUGUGUCAUGCUUUUAUCGAUCUGCUAUUUUGUUUAUAGGCCUAUAGUCGGCUUAUCGCUGUUUUGUUCUGUUUGCAUUCAUUCGGUCGCUGUUUUGUUCUGUUUGCAUUCAUUCGGUCGCUGUUUUGUUCUGUUCGCGUUCAUUUGUUCGCAUUCACAGUUCUGUUGGUAUUCUAAGCCAAACUGCUAUUCAGUAUUUUAGUUUUGCAUGAAAAACUAGGCUACUUCUUUCAGCAUUUAGUUUGCAUUAUUUUGGUAAAACAGCCAUGUGUACGGCUGCAUUCACAUAGGCUGUUUGUAAUAGGUGAAUUACCCUAUCUGUCUUGUAGCCUAUAUUCAUGGCCAAAUAGGCCUUGCUUUACUGUGUAGGGCACUGUCCAUUGUGCUGAUACAGCGCAGCAGAGAUGGGCUACAGAUUUCGCACCAACCUGUCACUUCAAAAGCACAAUGGUCUCAUAGUCUCGGCAUUUGAACUGUGUGUGUAUGACUGAGUUGAUAAUGAUGUUUGCAGCGAUAAUGAUAAUGAUGAUGAUGAAGAUGAUGAUGAUGAUGACUAUGAUGAUAAUGAUAAUGUGUGUCCUCAUGUUCAUAGGUGGACUGGAUUCAGUACAUUGCAGUGAACUCAGCCACAGCCCAUCCUCAUUAUGACCGUGAAGGGGCCUCGUACAACAUGGCAACUCUUACGGCUUUAAAUUUCAAUUGCGCUAUAGCGCAGAUCGUCCGGGGUCCGGAUUCAAUCUAGACCUUAAUAAUUACAGUAAAUAUAUUACCUCCCAGCAUAUAAUGUAUGCUGCCGGUCGGAAGCCAGUAUUUUUAGCUACACAUAAUAACCUCAGCUCUACCUCUGUCUCUGUGUGUGUUGUGUGACUGCAGCAAUGUCAGAGAACUACAGUAUGUGGUGUUCAUAGAGCAGCCCAUCAAGCUGGACCUGCUCAAGUUUAUGCUGUUCAGGAUCCAGGGCAAGAGCUUCCACAAGGUCAUGACCUGGGAGCCACAGGACGACACCAUCUUCAAUGUGGUGGACAGACAGACAGGCGAAGUUAUUGACCCAAACCAUAUGUUACAGUAAAUGUGUAAAAUCAGGAUAUACACUCACACACACACAGACACACACACACACACACACACACACACACACACACACACACAGACAGACAUUACACAUAUACACACAUACAAAUAUACUAUAUUAUAUACACUAGAUUGGUUAGAUCCCAACCAAUGAGUAGUUAUAAAACUGUAUCAAUAAGAACAAGUCACAAUGAUAUCCUGCCCACUGUGAACAGAUGCAACAGAUUCGUUAACAUGCUGUUCGCACAUACUGUGGUUCGGUGUUACAUUAAGUUAAUUUGUCCGUAUCGCCAACGUGAUUUGGACUUCUAACUCAUUUAAACAUUGUGUGUUUGAGCUACAGACUUCUGGGUUGUAUCAUUGGAUUUUACUAUUUCUUCUGCAUCCAUAGAUACCAACCAUGUGUGAUUAACGAGGGCUGAACUAGAGCAGUGUUUGUGAGACAAGGGCGAAUCCCGAAGGGGCCCGGGCCGGGUCUUUUAUACAAAAACAUUUGUAGAAUCAGAAUGGUUUGGGCUACAAACUACUAAAAGCUAUCUAUGAAAAGCUAAGACUCUCACGAAUAUGCACAUGUAAUAGUGGCGGUCGGUGCCGUUUAAGAUGAGGGAGGAUUAUAAUUUGUUUUUAUGAGCAUGGCCUUAUUUCUAUUACAGCAUAUUGGAUGACUGUCAUUCACAUUCCAUUCACCCAGCUCAAUGUAACAUUGAUAGAUUUAGACUACUACAUGAUACUCUAAUUUUCCUUGUACCCAUCAUGAGGUUGCUACAACCUAGCCUAUGAAUGAAAGUUUACAACGUAGCUGCACAUUUCGAGAGAAUUUUGAGGAAUCAAGGUGACAGACAGUGACACACUCUUGCCUACAUCUUGCUGAUCUAAGGGUGUAAUCAUUAGUCCAACAGUUGCAAAUGAGAGUUUCUAUUGGACAAACUCAGGUAUGUUUAUCCCCGUUUCGUUCCAUUUGCUUCCGUUUAAGAAACGUUUUUCAACAGAAUUGACAGAAUGAAUACACCCCUGAUCACACAGUUCACUUUCAUAGCAGCCACAUAAAAAUAGCAUGAUCAUUUUGCUCAUUGUAUAUAUAAUUCCUUCUCGCAAUUAUCUAUGUGCUCUCCUCAUCUCACCUUUUCCCUUUGCUUGUGGACUUCAGUGCACAACACAACUGUCUGUGACCAGGGGGAACAAAACGUUCAGAGCCAAACCUUCAUAUCAUGACCGCUAACCAUUACACACAGCCUACAUCGUUGUCAUGUUAUAGUCAACAUAGCUAAUAGAACUAACGCGUUAGUAAAUCCGCUACAAUCAUGCAGUACAGUGUACAGUCAGAAAGCAGUUUAUCAUUUAAACAGGUCGGGCCCCGGUGGCAAUAAAUUACUAAAACCAAAAGCUUACCUUGACUUGGAAGAGUUCCAGUGUUGGCCAUAGCCAGCUAGCUAACAUAGCAUCCCUCUCUAUUUGAGCAAAAUACAACCAAAUAUAGCUAGCUCUCUCUCUCUCUCUCUCUCUCCUUCUCUGUCUCUCUUUCUCUGUCUCUCUCUUUUUCUCUCUCUUGCUUUGUUCAAAACUGUUCAACUUUUGUCUUUCUUUCUCUUUGAGUCAACUACUCACCACAGUUUUGGAAUGUCUGUUUCUGAUAUUGUAUCUAUUCCGUAAUGAUGAUACAAUGGCUAAUGUUUCUGUUUUCUGCUAUGCCAGUUUUAUAACUCCCUGUGCAGAAACCUUCCACGGAGAUACGUCCUACUGUUGAAGGUGACUGAUGACACACCUAGCGAUCAAAACCUUGUCAAUCUACCUUUCUGUCAAGCAACUGCAGUCAACAUUGGGUGUGGAGAGGUGUGUAUGUGUGUGUUUGUGUUUAUGUUGUAUUUACAUUUUUAUACCAUAGUCUGUCUUUUUAUACCAAACUAAGUGGCGGUGUUGCUGUUUAGGCUGAACCACAAACUCAGGAUUGUUGCCCUCAGAGGGGAAGCAAAGCACUUAAGCACAAUCGCAAUUGAACCAGCAACACCUUUAGUCAUCAUACCAUAAAAGGCUAACUCUGUCUUCUAAUGCUAACCCCUGGCAUUCUGACGCAUGUGUUCUGGCUGAUGAAAAGAAAAGGUGAUGUGUUUGUUGUCAUGGCUACCUGACAAAUCUGUCUUUCUUCUGGGUGUGCUAAACUUUCUCUGUACACACUAGGAUCUCUAUGACGAAGAGCUGCUCCAGUACUUUGACCUGGAGUUCCCACAGAUCAACUAUGCUCACUACAAUGUGCGUCCAUACCACGUCCAUACCGCUACUACUACGCAUGUGGCUUCAGACACAGUGACUCCCUGCUGAAGAUGAAUCUGGAGACCAAGAAACGUACAUGUUAAGGGCAUAAUGCAUUUACAUUUUCUUUGUGUAGGCGUGGUGCCACCCUGGUCGGUUCCCAUCUGAACCUGUGUUUGUUUCUGCACCCAAAGCAACAGAGGAGCACGAUGGUGUGGUCAUGUCCGUCAUCGUCACACCCAGAACGGUAAACAACAACAAAAACUAA